AUGGGAAUCUUGAUUGCAAAAAUCAUGCCGAACCCUACAUACGAAUUUGCAAUAAGAUCAUUUGAUUCGCUCAUCACCCUUAAGUUGCAUGCGAUGAAUGUCGAUGAUGACGGUUCGACACCAGUCGCGGUCGGAAAUUGGAAAAAGCAGGCUGACUGCUGCUGGGCUCCUGGUUCAACAAAUGCAAGGCUGUGUUUGGCGGUAGAGGUGGGAUUGUCAGAGUCUGCUCGACAACAAUGCUCUUGA